UUAAUCAUUCAUUCAAUCUAGGCAUAGUGAGUCCCUCUAAAAUUCGUCGUCUUCAACAGCACAGCACAUAAGAGAAGGGCUUGUCUUCUCUCUCUCUCUCUCUCUCUAACAAAGAGUCGCGCACUCCCACUCGCACACAACAACGAUGACAACUUACGGCACAAUCCCAACCUCAUCAUCAACCCCUACUAACCUCGAGUUUAUCUCACGCGCCAAAGAAAGAAUCAAAACCGGACUAGGAACUCGCCGUCCAUGGAAAAUCAUGUUCAAUUUCCGAUCGUUCAACCUUCCAACCGGUUUCUCCGACGCAAUCUCCCGCGUCAAAACAAACAUCGGUUACUUCCAGAUGAACUACGCAAUCGUCUUUCUCAUCGUGAUUUUCCUAAGUCUCUUAUGGCAUCCAAUCUCACUCAUCGUCUUCGUUGUUCUCAUCGCCGCUUGGCUCUUCCUCUAUUUCCUCCGUGAUGAACCGCUUGUUAUCUUCGGAAGAGUCGUCAGUGACCGUAUCAUUCUCGUUCUCAUGGCGAUUAUCACCAUCGGUUUGCUUCUGCUAACCGGAGCAAUACUCAACAUCUUACUCGCGGUUGUUAUCGGUGUUGUUUUGGUUUUGGUGCACGCUGCUAUAAGAAACACUCACGAUCUCUUCCUUGAUGAAGAAGAAGCACUUUCUUCUUCUUGAUUCAAUUCAUCUUCUUCUUUAUUGUUAUUUUAUUUGAUUUUGUUGUAUCGUGAAUUAAGUAAAUGAUUGUAGGGUUUCCAUUUUGGGAGGGUUUGGGGUUUGUGAAAUUUGUGAAGAAAAAAAUUGCUAGAUCCCUUUGAAUUUGGGGGUAUUGGUGAAUUAUUUGUUGUUGUUUGUUAGCUACAUAAAAAAAAUGAUUAACAUAUUUUUUUUCUUUCCAAUUUUUAA